AUGCUGAAUAUUCUAACAUUCAUUUCAUCAUUUGCAGUUGGUAUAAUUCUACAUAUAAUUUUUCCACCACCAAUUAACACCACGACAAGUUGCUUUAGAGAAACUGAUUUGACGAUUAAUCUGGAUGCGUUAGUACAUAAGUUAUGUCAGUACCCAUUUAGAAAAUUUUCAGGACAAAUUUGUUAUUUUAUUCAUUAUCCGCUUGCGUUUGCAUGACACUAGAUAUAAUUAUGAUGACGAAUCUGGUCACAAAUCAACAGGUUAAAGCAUACGACUUGAAAUCAAAAUACAAUCAUUUGGAGCGAUUUUACUCAUUAUCAGCAGUCUCAUUCAUCUCGAUAGUUCAGAUGGUUUGUACAACUACGUAUUCAGUAUGUAUGUAUACAGCGAAUCGCUUGAAUGAAAAAGUUGCGGAUACUAUGAAUGUCAACACUUUGCGAUGGUGCUUUGUGAGUUUUGAAAGUAAAAGGAAUAAAAUGAUGCCUCUUUGAAUAAUCAAAGGAGGUUUUCUUCUUUGGGAAGAAGCAAGUCCGCAAUUAUUUUUUUUUUUUGGAAAUCCAGCAAUUUUCAAAAUUCGUAUGUUUUUUGAUUUCUCCAUGGGAAAAUAUACAAUUCUUCGGAAACAUUUAUGAACCAAUUUUGCGGAGAAUAAUUUGCACAUUUUUCAUAUAUUUAAUUAUAUGAAUGACUUUUGAGCCAUGUUUUGAUUUCUCUGAUAUUUUCGCUCCAGGGGGAAUAAGUUCUCCUAUUUUUCAAAAUCUAGAAAGUUUUUGCGAUUUUCUUGCAGCCCUGCUAAUUGUCCCUGAUCACUAGUUUUUGAACUCGAUGACUCUAAAUCAGAAAUUUCCAGACAACCCCAUAUAGCUCAUUUCUCAUCCCAAUUCAAAUUCUAAUAUUCAUUUGGUGGAUCGGACGAAAACGUCGGCGACGAAUCUCAGCCGUCCGGAAUCAAGUCAACAAUCAAUCCGACUAUUUUAAUCGUCUGAGCAGCGCUUGGAAAAAAUAA